AAUGCAAGCCAGAAUGACAACACAUGCGGCAAGGUCGUGUACCAGGAGCUUUACUAAACUGUAAGAUCAACGCUGUGUCAUUUCUCGACCAAGUGAAAUGCAAUGGGAAAAGUCAUGGUUUUCUGCCUGCUUUCUGGAUGUACUCCUGAAAUCGCAAGUAGCGGCAUAUCCGAUAUUUUUGAGGUCGACGGUAUAGAGGGAGAACCUGGCGCCGUCUUACUGGAAGCCCUUCGCACACUGGUUGAUGGGGAUGAAAGAAGAGGACAGGAAGACGUGACUGUCAUCGGCGCUAUAAACGAGGAUGGUAGGCCUUUCUUUCGAAUCGAGGACCCUGUGGAGCGGCAGGAAGACGUUCUCCGUAUCCCAGACUCUUCCAUACGUGUGAUUCCACACUGCUCCAUGGGCGAAUUUUGGGACUUUACGUCUUUGCCCAUCCUAGCUCUCGCAACAGACGGACGGGUGACUCCUGAACGUCUUUGGCGUUUGGCUAUGCACCAAGGAAAAUCUGUCUCACAACGUGAUUAUGGACUGCCCGAGAUUGACUACGG